UUUUUAUUUAAAGUCUUCAAAUGAUUUCGUAUAAUUGUAUUUCAAGUUUAUUGUUAAUAAUCUCGUCAAUAUUAAAUGGUACAAUCAUCAUCAUCAUCUUUCAUUAAAGCAACAAGUUUGAUACCACAAGCAAUUCAAGAAGGACCACUAAACUCAUUCAAAAGUUACAAUGACAUAACAAUAUUUCAUUACAAUAUACCAAAACAAGUGUUACGAGCAACAUGGCAAUUUACUGCAUUUAUGAAUGAUAAAAAUUGUAUAUCACGAGAUGUUUAUAUUCAUUUAAAAUAUGGUAGUUAUCCAAUAAUAUCACCAGAUAAUUCAACAUUUCCCAUGAAUAAUAAUAAAAUUUAUAAAACAUCAACAAAAUAUCAAAAUACAACAACACUUGUAAUACAAAUUGAUAGUCCUGAUUAUGGUGAUUGGUUUAUUGGUUCUUAUAUGUUAUAUUUUGAUGAUAAAAUACAACAACAAGGAUUUGGAAAUAAAUGUCAUUAUAGUAUUGGCUCAAUUGGAAUGUGGAUACAAGAAAAUGAAAUACAAACAUUACAAAUUGGUAUUGAAAAUAUAAAAAUAACAACAAUACAACCAUCAACGUAUUAUAAAAUAUUUAUACCAUCUGGUACAUGGACAUUUCGUCUUAAAAUAUCAUCCUGUAAAAGUAAAUUUAAAUUAUUUAAUAAUACACAAAAUAUUUGUAUUAAAUCAAUUGCACUUCAAGGAAGAACAUUGCCAAUUUAUAAUUAUUCUGAUGAUGAUGAUAAUUUUCUUAAUAAAUUAAUGGAAAAUGAUACAAUUAUUAUAAAUGAAUCAUCACCAUUUGAGGAUAGUUAUUAUUAUCUAUUAAUUGUAUCAGAUAGUAUUAUUAAUUUUAAUAUUAGUAUUAUUACAACAGAGUGUCAAAUUAAAAUAAAACAAAGUACAACAUUUAUAAAACAAUGGGUAUCACGAUUAAAUAUUAAUGAUAAUAAUAGUUUACAAAUUUAUUCAACAAUUGAUGAUAAAAAUGAUAAUAAAUGUGCAAAAAGAUUACAAUUAAUUAGAGUUAAAAAAUUAUCAACAUUUUCAAGUGUUUAUUUAUUUCAGGGAAAAGAUUAUUUAACGCCAUGGCUUAUGAUGACAAAAAAACAAUUGGUUAUUGUUCAAUUUGAUAUAUUACCACUUGUUGAUAUUGGUGGUUCACUUGAUAUAUCAAUUGAAAAUUUAUUAAAUAAUGAAACAACCACAACAACAACAACAACAACUUUUAUAAUAAUUUGUGUUCGUCGAGGUAGAGUACCUAAACAUAUUAAUGAAUCAUUGAUUUUAAAUAAUAAUUGUGAUAUGAUGAUGAAUAUUAAUAUUUCUUUAAAUAAUAAUAAUAAUAAUACGUUAUUGAUACCUUAUCCACAACCAGAUACUUGGUAUAUUGGUUUACAAGUAAAAUGUUAUAGUAAAACAAAUGAAAAACAAAUGGUUGAAUGUGAUUCAGAUAAAUUAUUAGUGUCAUUAAAUGUUAAAACUCAACAAUGUGUAUUUUCUGAUGAUCCAAUAAAUUCAUGUGGUAAAAAUGGUGUUUGUCAAGAAACUCAUCGUGAUGGUACUUUUAUUCAUUAUACAAGUUGUAAUUGUUUUGGUGGCUACAAAGGUUGGGCUUGUACUGAUGAUAAAUAUGUUAAGCAAUAUAAUUACACUCUAUUAUCAUCAAUGACAUUGAUUAUUAGUAAUAUAUUUUUCAUACCAUCAAUAUUAUUAUCAAUAAAACGUAAACUUUAUACAGAAUCACUUGUUUACAUUUCAACAAUGAUAUUUUCAUCAAUUUAUCAUGCAUGUGAUGAAAGCACAAUUAAAUAUUGCAUAACAAAAUAUCAAGUAUUACAAUAUAGUGAUUUUUUUUCAAGUAUACUUGCAUUUUGGGUGACACUUGUUUCAAUGGCUAAAAUAUCAAUACAAUUAACAUCAUUAUUAAAUAUGUUUGGUGUAUUUAUUAUUGGAUUUUUAGUUGAAUAUAAUCGUACUGAUCUUUAUAGUAUUUUAAUACCACUUGGAAUUGCCAUUUUAAUUCCAAUUUUAUCAUAUAUUUAUAAAUAUUAUUAUGAAAAAAAAACUAAAUUAUUAUUUCAAAAACAAAUGAGCUUUAUUAAAUUAAUUAUUGGUCUAUCAUUGGUAAUAAUUGGAUUAAUACUAUUUACAUUUGUUGAGACUCAAGAUAAUUAUCAAUAUAUUCAUAGUUUGUGGCAUAUUAUUAUUUCAUUGUCAUUAAUAUUUUUAUUACCA